AUGGUUGCGCCAAACUCAUUGAGGUUAGUGCCCAGGUUCUCCUUAUAUGUGAUUCUUGCUGUUGUGAUGAGAGAGAAUCAUACAAAUACUUUUAUCAAUUGUUGAGCUAGUAAGAUACCUUAUUGUACAAGUUCCUGAUGAGGAUGCUGUUCUUAUCACAUUUGGAUGUUUAUAUGAAUAUUUUAUAUAAACAGCUUGCUUCUCUGAUCUUAUGAAUCCAUAAACUUUGAAGCCAGACUGCAGAAACCUAUAAAUAUAUAACAUCUUUUUAGAGAAGUUAGUCACAUGCUUUGCACAUCUUUACAUUAUGACAGCAGUUACUAAAAUGCAAUAAAGCAAAAACAGAUCAGCUGUGUUUUCCACAAUAUAUUGCAAAUGUGCUAACACUACUGAUACUUCCAUUCAAACACGUUUACUACCAUCCACCUCCUUCCAGUGCUGGACUUUUUCCAUACUUUACUGCUUAGGUUUGUUGGCAGCAUUUACUUACGCUUAUUUAGAAAAUAACUGAUUAGUUUUUGUGGCAUCUCUUUGAAAAGAUUAUUUUAAGCAACCAUUCUCUGCUGUUCCACUCUAUAGAAGAAUUAGCAAAAAGGUCAGCAAACAACAGAAUGAAACAGGAAAGUGAUUAUUAAUUCUCAUGAGGAGACCCACCUAUUGUAUUCUCUUCUGGCUUCUGUAACAUUUCAAAUGCAUCAGGAGACAAUCCAGACAAAAUUAUAGCCUCCAUCCAUAGACAUCUAGUACCAGCUGACUAGGAAGCAGUAAAUGCAUUUUUUAAUUGUUGCCUUUGACAUUCCUGAUAGAAGUAGGGUUAUUUGCAAAACAAAGGUGGCGUUUUUCAACCGAUUUGGACCUGAUUCACUUCUCUGACAACUUGGGUAGAUAGUCCUAAUGCAAAGAAGAAGAAAAAGCCAAAAUGGAUUGAAAUUGUAAGUAAUUAAGAGGGUCAGAAAGUAUAUGAUAUUGUAUGGUUGUACGUAUUUAAAGCAAAUGGCAGCUGUUGUGUGAAAGUGUGUCUCGGUGUGUGUGAGAGAGAGAUUGGGAUCAUGGUAUGUGAAGAGAGCACUUUAAUCCUUUUGCCCAAGUCUGGACUCUCCCUCUCCACAAUUGCCAUUUGAAUUUGGAGGGAAGAUCCCAUUGUUGCUAAUUAAUUGUUCUGUCUCUGAGAGCAGUAGAAAGAAGGCUGUGCACAGUCAGUCUUAUUUUUGAAGAUGGGGAACCAAAAUGGUUCUUUCUGAGGGGUAUUUUAAUAGCCAUGCAGGUGUGUGAGAGAGGAGACUGUCCUUAAGGUGCCUUGAUCCUUUAGGGUUUUCAAAGCUGCAACCAGCAGCUUGAACUGAGACAAGAAGCAGAUUUUGUGUAAGUGCAACUGUUUUAAGACUGGCAAGAUAAUUUUCAUUUGUCUGCUCCCAGUUAACUUACAUAUUUUGUAAACAAACAAACAAACAAACAAAAACCACACCCACCCCAAGUUUCCAGACUAUUUUCAAAGGCAACACUAAUUCACAUGGGAACUGUUUUACAAUGUGGAUUGUCCUGAUCAGUAAAGGGUUUCCUUGCAUUCCUGGCAGUGGUGAGAUUCUUUAUGAAUGCUGCUCUGUGUCUUUCAGAAGUUGUGGAUGCCACACGGCAUGGGUGCCAACAGGAUUUUCUGGGCCAAAUAUGUGAAUUGGGCCUUCUGCCACUUGAAACUUUGCAUAAAAUUUGCAUACAGUUUGUGUUAUACACAAAUUUGUAUCCUGUUUUGCAGGUGAAAUGGAGGGCCCCAUAAUAAAUUGGACCACACACAAGCAAUAACAUUUCAGAUGGACAAAAUUUCAACAGAUGGAGUUUUUUCUGUAAUUUUAUUUCCAUACUAGCUUCAACAUUUUUCGUUUCUGCUGUCACAAAGCUGUUAAAGGCCCAAGAUCCCCAUUUCCCCUAAUACCAUUCCUAAAACAAUGCAAUGAACUCAUGUUUUCUUCAAUUAUACGACAGUUAUGUUACCGUAUGUCUUUUAUCACUUGACUACAGGCAGGCAAUACAGUGUAAGAGCCAGUGUUUGAAACUCCCAUUGUUCUAGGCGCAUUUUGCGACAGAGAAUUUCAUUAGCACGAGCAGUUUCUGAGCUCUGGGCGCAGUACUGCGGCUAACAUUUCAGAUUAAAGCUGCAGAGUGAAAGGAAAGGAGGACCUUUUCUGCCUCCCCACUUCUAGCUAUUCUCUGAAGACUGGAGAAGAGACCCUCUUAAGAAUAUUAAGGGGGUGGGCAGGGGAAGGACUAGACCAUGUGGAAAAUGAACGUAAUAUUUUAGCUGCAGUUCAUUCAUUUUCAGCUUUGUAUUCUUGUUAUAAAAAAGUGCGCCUAGACAUUCAGUUGUUGCUCCCAUAACCUAGGUUUAAGGUGCCAUUUAGCUCCUGGCUUUAAUAUCUCAGUUUCUAACACUGGUAAGAGCAGGAAUGGUACUUCAGGUAGUGGAAGGUGAGGUGGGUGUGGGCUCAUAAGAAAUAUAAGAUUUAUAGCAACUAAAGUUCUCAUGCCUGUGCUUAGAUAUAUUAAAGUUUUAUUAUUAUUAUUAUUAUUAUUAUUAUCAUUAUUAUUAUUAAAAUUUAGAGUAUUCUGGGUGCAUUUCUUGUGGUCAUUGAUUUAUAUUGAUAAAAAUAUGUAUAAACUGCCCAUAUGAAUAUUUAGAAAAGAAUAAACUGGCCACAUAAAAUAUUAAGGCAGUGUAGAACAAUAUUGACCUUAUAAUAACUACACUUACAACAAUUUACACCUCUCCUCAUUUUUAUUUUUAUUUUUGAGCUUUUAACAUAAAUGUAUCCAUUUAAGUGUUUAUACCAGGGGUUGUCAACCUGGUCCCUGCCACCCACUUGUGGGCGUUUCAGGAUUCUAGGGGGGCGGUAGGGGGUUCUACGACACAAACUGACUCCUCCUUCCAUCAAGCACUGGUGGGCAGUAAGAAAAUUUUACCAUCAAGAAAGAUGCAUUAGUGGGCGGUAGGUAUAAAAAGGUUGACUACCCCUGGUUUAUACCAACAGUUACACCCCCCAAGAAUUCCCCUGUUUCCCUCCUUGGAUGGAAAGCAAUUCAUCACCACCACCCUCGUUGGUGUUACAAAUCAGCAGCUCCCCCCUCCCUUUUCAUUUUUCUCAUCCCAACCGCAAAACAAUAUUAGUACAGCAACACUGGACUACUUUGCAGGACUGAUGUAAUCUACGCUCUCAGUCAAUCACAAUAUCUCCCCUGCAAUAUGGAUAUACACAUGUCAGCUUUUAUUUGCAUUUCCAUUGUAUUUUUUUACAUAUUCAGGAAAAAAACUUUUUUUGCCAAAAUUAAACUUAGAAAGAGUUAGAAAGAGCAUGAACUCCUGUCUUUGCAGGAGCUAAUUACUAAAUUAGCAAUUAUUUCUCUCAGCUACAAUCACUUCUCUAUCAGUAAAGGUGAAAUAGCAGUUUCAAAAUGAACCGGGAAUUCCUGUCAAAAUAAACCUGGCACUCCUUCUCCAUUGUCAGAAUCUAGAGAAAAAUCUAGAGUGAUGUACACCCCAAGGAAGCCCCAAACCAACUUCUGAAUAAAUCAGGAAGUUCCUUCUCAGUUGUUUAGUGAACGGACUUCCUGACUCAGUUUGGAGUCUUCCUUUGUCUUUGAAUGACUCUUUUAAUUUGGAAAAAGUAUUUUCAUCAUGCCCUUUGUUAAGCCAAGGAUAUGUUGUGUCACAGCAAUAUAAAAUUUUGAUACUAUCAGAUUGAAAUGUCCUGUGAAUUUUGUGACUUAACAGCAAAUUAGCAAACAAUUGGCAAUACAAAGGAAGAUCUUCACCUUAGCUCCUCAUUUGCAUUUUAGGUUUGUAAUCUGAUAUCAUUACAAAUGCACUGAGCACAUAAUUACAUUUGUCAUUUGAAAUGGUUCCAAUCCACCCACCAGUUGUUGAGCAGUGUAACAUUUUUGAUCUCUACCUUGGAAUUCAGUAUUUCCCCUAACUGUUGAAACAGAGCAUAAAGCAUAGCAUAAUAAUUCAGGACACAAUUCAACAUUUCAAGUUCAAAAUCUGCACAAGUCCUCCUGCCCCAUUCCCAAUGGGAAAGAAAAGGUCUAACGUUUUCAUUUCCAUCACUGAAAUAGUAUGUUGCUUGCCCAAAUAACUUCAAGAGAGAAAAGCAGCUGUAAAUGCAUUGGUCUGAAAUUAACCAUAUGAUUGACCUUUUGUUGAUUAGAAGCAGCGUCAUCAAGAAUCAUAACAUAAAACCAUGUCAAAGAUGUAUCUAGUUAAGUACAGUCAUAUGUAUAUCCAGGAUCACUAGUCUCAUAAUUACAUAUACCUCUUGGCUUAACUCAUUGUCCUCCAAAUGCUAUUCACCUGUGCUAUUAUAGAGUUAUGUCAUCCAAACACAGCACUGAAUUUAAAGACAGAAAGACCACAAUAGCUCAAGAAAAACAAUAAUUUAUAACGCAAUCUGACAUACCUAUUUAAAAGCAAGUCUCUUUGAAUUCAGUGGGGCUUAUUCUUAGGUAAUUGUGUCCAAGGUUCAGAGAGAGAAGCUAUGGUUAACUUGAACCAAGAGGGAAAGCUCCUGAAGUCUUCCAGGUACAUGGUAGGAGAACCAGGGCUCUGUGUGUGUACAUGAACUUGAGGUUUAGUUUUUUAUGUGAAUGUGGUCAGUAAUUUAGUUUCCUGUAAAUAACUUACAAAAUACAUUCAGAUUUAAAGUAAGAGCUUGGAACAUUUCAAUAGUUCACUAAAAACUCUGUUAAGGCGAACAUUUAGGCAAAACCAAUCAAAUUUAAUAAAGCACUGUUUCGAGACUUAAAGCUGAAGAUGUAAAAUGAGAAUGUUAAAUGAAAUGCUAGUGAACUAUUCUAAAUAUAUCUUCAUUUUGUCAUUCUCGGUUAAAUUUAUGGGUUUUGCCCCAGAAUCUUGAUUAAUUCAGGCACGUUUUUAUUAAACUACCUAUUGUUAAAACACUUCAUAAACUCUUAUGGAUACUAUAUCUAAUAUAGAUAUAUUGUGUAGAUACGACUCAUAAUUAAACACUUGGGUUGUUUUAGUUCUUUUCCCUUGAAACACAGAACAGGCAAUUGUUUUGUAUAAAAGAUGGAUUGCUGACUAUAUUUAAACAAUGAAAUCAGAAUCCUUUAACAAAAAAGAAAGCGAGAAGAGGACAUUCCCAUUUGCAACAGUAAUCCAGGCAUCUGAAACCUGAACAAGUUCUUUUAAUUAAAAAUAAAAUAAAAAAUCGCUCCCAUAUGAAGACAAUGGAUACUUGCACUUUUCACAUCCCUUGUAUACCCCAGACAAAUAGGAAAUGCUGUCAGUUUUAGCCAUAAAAGUGAUAGCGGAUGCCAUUAAAUUGGCUACAGACAAAACAAACACAACUGUAUAGGCACAUUUGUAUUUUGUUUUGUGACUUGGUCACUGUAAACAAAAUAUCCUCGCAGUCAUAAAAAGUGUUUUGUGAAAGAUAGCCUUUGAACAGCUGGUGUAGCUGAUAAGGAGUAAGCAUUAACAAAGUCACUUGCUGAACAGCACAAGUCAGCUGCAGUUCUUUGUCUGGAAAAUUCCUAUGUCCCCGUAAAUUAGCUUAGCUAACGAAGUCAGCUGGCAUCAAGAACAUUAGAAAGGGAGACCCUGGUCAAUUUAGUGCUAAUUUACAGUAUAGCUUCAUAUUUAUUAAAAUCUCAUAAAAUAAAUUGUUAGUUUGAAACUGAUUCUUUUUGCUCACUUUGAAAACGCACAAUUCUCAAGGUAUGUUGGACUUCUAAGCAAUCAUUUUGAAGGAAUCACAUACUGAAAAGCAUUUCAUGGUGUGUGUGUUUUAGAACAACAGGCUAGCAAAUUUAGACCUAACAACACCUUUUCAUGAAACAUUUUUUUGAAAUUCAAGAUAAAUUGGGGGGAAAUAUUUGUAUCCACAGGCAUCAUCUAGCUGCUGUUAGGAUUUUGAACCAACCAAAGCAUCAGGAAAUCAUUCUCUGCCAUCCAGCAUUUCUGUCCCCUUGUUACAACCUUCUUCUCAUCCCAAGGAUAACUGCUUGAGCAUCCAACCCACUUAUUACUGAAGUCUCUUGAGGUACCUGCAAUAUUUCAUUUACACUAUGACACCCUAUUCCUCACUGGCUUCAGAAGAUGAUAAUUUGCAGACUGUCCAUUAUCAGUUUUGUUAGGAGGAAUGUUUUAUGGGAUUUUGCAAACAGGUCAGUCCUACUAAAUUUAAUGGAGUUUACUCCCAAGUAAGCAUGUGCUGGAGUGCAGCCAUACUGGAGUGGACAGUGGAACUGGUGUGUACCUUUUGAAAUAAUUGUUACUCAGUGCAAUCCUGCCCAUAUCUGCUUAGAAGUUAAAUACCACGGAAUUCAGUGAGACUUACUCCCAGGUACAUGUGUAUAAGAUUGCAUAUUCAGCAAUGUUUUCUGUCUGAAUAUUCAGGUAUGACCACAUGGGUGCACACUAUUAUUUUUAAAAAGUACCACCAAAAGGCAAACUAGGGGCAGUGUUUUACCAGGAACCAGAUAACUGGAGACAUCUUUGGUGAACAGUUGCAGCAUUUCUUCACAAGGGGAGAGUUUGAGCAUUUCCAUGCAGAAAAGACUUCUUCAAGACAAUGACUUUUUCAGAUUUCCAAGACUCUUAUCAACAGAAUGGAAAAGCAGAAACUUCUCUGUUUCUCAUUGCUUCAGAUGAGAAGCUUUAUCUUCCAAAAAACACUUACAAUAUAAUUUGAGAUAGGGCUUGCUUCCCUUUGACUAAUUUGUUUCAAAGACCAUGCAAAGGGUAGUUAAAAUAUGUAUCCUAUUUAAUGGAAGGCCAGAAAAUCAAAAGUACACAUUAGAAUUUUGUCACUUCAGUCCAGAUAUGUUAGAGGUACCAACAAAAAAGCCAGUAUUUUUUUCACAUAUUCAGUUCAGUCCCAUACAUGUUUGCUCCCAUGUUAAGUGUGCAUAGAACUGCAGAUUCACGCAUAGUCUUAUACGGAAGGAAUGAGUGGAGGUUAUAAUUUUUCUCUUGGACAGUAAAGAGAAACACCAGAAAACCCUCCUGAUUAUACAUUCUUCAAAAUGAUAAACCCACAGAAGAUGGCUCGAGGACAUAAUAUUAAUUUCAUGUACUGUAAUAUUGUUCACAUUUAUUUUGCUUUUAUUGUAUUCUCCCAUUUUAGGAGAGUGAGUAUAUUGUACUCACAACAUAUAUGUGUUAAAAUUACUAAAAUUUAAUCUACUCAGGCACUUAUGUAUAUAUUCCAUCUUUUUCACAUACUUCUUUUGUAACACUUAGAGGAACAAUUGUAGAAUAGUGGCUAGUUACUCUAGUUCCCUUAGAAUUAAACAAUGUUUGAGACUUCCUUAAAUAAAUAAUAAUAUUUAUAAGACCAAGGAAUGAAUAACAGGAAUUGCAUAAAACAAGAACAGCCACCCAAAAGAUUCUUCAGGUUUCAGGCAGAGAAGGAAAAUUGUUGUGCGUAGAAACUGCCUAUAGAUGGCAGUGUUGGGAACUAUCAGCCUCACAGCAGAGUAGAUAAGAUGUCUCAGCUGGUCCCAGCUACAGCUGUAUACUUGGCUUGGUGUAUUCUAAACGUGUUAAUGGGUUCUUCUAAGAUGGGUAAAAUUGCUUUCAUGAUUUAUUUUCCAGAGUCACUUUCUUUGUAUACUAGAUGCAUUUAUUUUUAUCCUGUAUGUGAACUCGAACAAAAAAUCAAAUAAAGACUGCAUUACAGAGAUUAUAUCUCUGUCAUUAGUUUCCAGAUUCAAACUUAGCACAAUUGUAAAAUGAUCUUUCCCUCCCCACCCGCACCCCUUAGGUGGCCGGCUGUGACUCGCAUCUUUGUGGUAAGUUUUCAAAGGAAAUAUUCCCUCUUCCUUCUUGAUGCUGGCCAUAAAAAGCCAUCAAGGGCAUUAGCUUAGGGCACUUCCAGAUGGCUUCUACUGUGGGGACUGGAAACCUUCAAUCUGCAACCUGUAGGAUGCUUAGGUCCUUGCCGCGUGACUAACAGGGUGAAGGCUGUGAUGUGCAUACGGCUGCAUUUCUGAAACAAAUGCCCAAGGAGAAAGUGGAGAGAGAGUGCCAUUUUUGUGUUGUGCUUUAGAGCACAUGGUCAGGAAUGUGGGCAGCUCCCACUGGGACGUAAGAAUUGUGCUGCUAAGUCAGACCAAUGCCAUUUUGUUUUUGAUAGCAACAAGGCAGAUGCCUCUAGGAUCCCCUUUGUUGGGUCAUUGAGGUGACGGCGUCUUUCCGUGAUUUGUCUCCCAGCAUCAGAUUCAAGGUAUACUUCCCUUGUACAAGGAAGCUCCACUAGCUAUCAUUGCAAGUCAUAAAUAGGUGACCACUCUGUGCUGCACAUAUGGAUAGAAAAAUGGUUCGUUUGGAUAUCCAGAGUUUAAUGAAAAUAUUUUGAAAUGCCAAGGAGGGAACUGUGAACAUUGCAAAAUGCAAGGAAUUCUGAGGGCUAAAGUAAACAUGACUAGGAUUGCAUGAAUGCAGUUAACUUGCCCAAAUCCUUUUUAUAAAAAUUGCCACAGGGGAGCUUAAGCCAUAUCAAGACUGUGUGGGGUAAAAAGAGAGAUAUUAACCCUUUCUCUUCACUGUGGUCCCAAUAAAAAUUACCCUAUCACCUUUUUUGCAUCUGGAGGGAGAGGGAUGCCUCUACUGGUGCCAAAUGCAGCUCCCCUCCUGAAGCAAAUCAAAGUUAGGGAAGGGAACUUUCAUUGAAACCACAGCAGGGGAGAGAAACUCCCUCUCCAGCCCUCGUGGUCCAGAUGCUGUUCAGCUGUGGCUGCUAUUUGCUUAACAAAAAAGAUCCAAGUCCAUUGUACUCAUGCAUUUAACAUGUCUAACUUGGCUUAGAUUCUGUUCUUGGGGUGGGGAUCAGAAAAAGAAAGAGUGGCAUGCAUUCUGCUAUCGUCAUUUCCAUUAGCCCUUUCCCCCAGUGAAAAACCUACAUUCAAAAUUCACAUAAACCUUUUGAAAUGUUUAAUUAAAAUUCCAACACCCAUAGGAAUUAUUGUUUCAUGUUGACUUUGGAGUAUCACCCCUCGCUGUGAUUUGUUCCCUCUUUCUUUCUUUCUUUCUUUCUCUCUCUUUUGUAGUCUGUUUUUAGGAAGCUUGAACUGAAUACUGCUGCAUACAAAUUCCAAAUCAGAAGUCCAGUGUUGCAUAUAAUGUUUCUGUCUGUGUGAAACAGACAGAACAUGACCCACCUCUGUUGUGAAAGGGCAAACUGUAUUUGAAACAUUCAACAUAGUUCUCCUGGCUGGUUGUUAGCUCAGAACGGCCCAUAGACAUUUUGGCACCCAAGGUGGAAAGUAGUUUUGGCUCUUUCCCACCACACUUCUAGCACCAUCACCCAAAAUCUGAGGAACAGGAUGAUUUGGCACCCCCUUAAUGUUGGCUCUACGAACUGCCAGUCUGAUUGCCUGCCACCUAGGCCAGCCGUGCCUCUUUACUUCAAGAGGGAAUGGAGAAAACUAGCAACAGAAUAAAUUAAUAUCUUGCACCAUAUUUUUUAUUUUUGUAAUACUGGAAAGCUGUAGGAGUGAGUGUGCAUUGUGUCAUGAUCUCAACUACAAGACUUCUUUCCAAGCCAGGGACCAGCCUUCACAUAUCCAGUGCCAAAAGUAAGGGAGUGACUUGGGAUGUGUUCACACCAAGAUCACCUUUCUUGGUGUUAAUGCACAUCUGCAAAGACCUCCUUUCUCAAGACUGGAUGUGUUCGUGUAGGGUGUAAAUUCUGGCCUCCCACUAGUCCGCAGGGCAGAAAAGGAAGGUAAUAGGCCAAGCUGAGAUCCUGGCCAACACAUUUAAAGAAGCCAACUUGUGGUAGCAUCACUGUGUCAAAUGGUGACAUGAAUUAGUCCUUAGACAUACAAAAAUUAGCAGGCUCUUUGAAAAUUUGACUUUGUUGGGACCCAUAAAAGACUUUAAUAGAACUGAGCUCACCUAGUUCCUACCUAGUCAUUUCCUCCAGGAACUCUUAAUCUUAAAGCCCCUGUUGGGUUUGUAGCAGAAAGUUACAGUGGAAAGUCCUUUUAUCCAACCCUUACAUUCAUCUUCUGGCAACAUCAUUUUCCCCAUUCAGAGUUAUUUCACAGAGUUCCUACACAGGUGGCAUUUGCAUGUGGGAAUCUUACAGGCAGCUUCUUACAAUGAAGAACCCAUGUGAGAGACUGACACACAUUAGAAUUGAUGUGGUUUUCAUGUAAUGAUUAUGUAGGCAUGUUGUGUGAAACAGCCCUAAUUCUCAGGCUAAUAUAAACACAAACAUGAGCAUAUAUUAAUCUAGAUUAAAAUUUCCGAAUAGUUGGAUUGCCUUCAGAUCAAUUUGUCUGUAGUCAUGGUCAGGCUACAGAACUAGUCCAGUCCAUGAGAUGCCAACCACUGUCAUGACCUAUCCUAGUGUAGGGUUGCCAUAUUUCAAACAGUGGAAAUACAGUGUUGAGCUUUUUUUUAGAUUUGCCCAGAUUUGUAGGUAGGGUUGCCAUAUGUUCGGAUUUUCCCAAUUUCUACCAAGACACUGCUGCCAACAGCCGUUUGGUGAGUGGUGGAGAACAUGCAAAAGGAAGGGGAAUGGGGCAAAAACUGAUAACACAAAAGCAAGACACAGCCAGAGAUUCUGACCCUGCAAUGCAGAGGAAAAGAGUUACUAACAGCAAACCCAAAUUGGUGGAGAGGAUUAUUUUAAACCAAUCAAUUUUCAUGUGUCUAAACUGCCCAAAAUCUCACUGAGAAUAUGUGACCUUACAAAUCAAUCUUCCUGGCUGCUGAAGACCACAUGCAGGGUUCACAAGUGCCUUCCACCCGUUUUGAUUUCACUUGACAUUUUAAAGUAUGUGCAAGAGGUACUUAGCGGAUGUUGAGCCAUUACCUUGAUCCUUCCUGUCUCAAUUUUUAAUGGAGCUCUUAGGAACAUAAUUCGCUUGGUGCUGGAUGAGUUGCUUCAUUAAGAUCAUCCCUUCUUAAUUCCUUGCAUACAUACACACAUUAUUUAGGCCAGAUGUUUGUAAUGGUAUUGCCAGAAACAAAAGUUUAUAUGUUGAAAAGGUCACACACUAUAAUGCACAGAAUCAAGAACCCUGCCAUGCUGCUGAGUAUUACAGUGGCACACAAAAACUUCGGCAACACCCUGAUGCAGUUAAUAAAUAAUAGAUAUCACACAUUAAGUGCUUGCAGUAUCUCCUUCAAACUCUGUGGGUCAAGACUAACAACCACUUGGCACAUGACAAGCUGUUCAAAAAUGGGAGCAAGGUGAACAGAAAAUUGAAGGCCAUCCUAUAGUCAGCAAGAAUAUAUCUACAUGUUGCUCAGACCAGAGAGCAAACCUUUUCAGGAGGUUUUAUAGGAGACUGGGAGCAUCACAUGACCUGCUCAGGUCUAUUGGUGCAAAGAGGUUUCCUUGGAUGGUCUUCCUUAAUCUCUACCCACUGCAGACUCUAGUCCUGAGAUCUGGUCCUCUGCAGGCCCCACGUUAAUGUGAUUCCAUAGUCCUAAAAUGAAGGCCCAUAUUGUUAGAUCUGUAUCAAUGAAGCCCCACCCCAUAUAGCUGUUUUAACUGGUCUUUUUAAAUUCUUCUUAUUAGUUUUUAUUCACCCAUUAUUUAUGCUUAAUCAAGUAUUCUAUGUAUAUGUUUUAAUCUACGGUUGGUUUUUGCUCCCAUUUACAGUAUUUAACAAUUAUUCGCUUAGAUUCACACUGUUAUUUAUUUAGAUGUUUUGCUUAUGCUGGUCUGUGACCGAAUAAAGUAAAUUCAUUCAUUCAUUCAAUGUGCUUCCACAGAUGUGGGGAAGGAGGGGAGGUUCAUCUCUGCACAUACGUAGCGUCUACAGAUGACAACAAAUCACAAGCAUCCUUUCAUCUAACUUGUAGGCUGAUGGAAUGCAACAAUUAGAUUUAUAUCUCGUUACAGCUCACAGUUUAUUAAUAGAAAUAGCACAAAGUCAUGAAAGCAAAAACAAAAUGUGGCAAUCACAUAUAUGGGCAGGCUGCACUUACUCAGAGACGAGAAAUAGUAACUGCACAUGCUCAGUACUAUUUUACGUAUUCCAGUUCUGAGCCUGGAUUUUGAUUAAGCCAAAUGUAUGUUGUAUAGCGGGAAGCAGGUGGUGCUGUGGUCUAAACCACUGAGCCUCUUGGGCUUGCCGAUCAGAAGGUCGGCAGUCCCUGCGACGGGGUGAGCACCCAUUGCUUGGUCCCAGCUCCUGCCAGCCUAGCAGUUCGAAAGCACGUCAAAGUGCAAGUAGAUAAAUAGGUACCGCUCUGGCGGGAAGGUAAAUGGCAUUUCCGUGUGCUGCUCUGGUUUCGCCAGAAGCGGCUUAGUCAUGCUGGCCACAUGACCCAGAAAAACUGUCUGUGGACAAACGUCGGCUUCCUCAGCCAGUAAAGUGAGAUGAGCACCGCAACCCCAAGUUGUUCGCGACUGGACUUAACUGUCAGGGGUCCUUUACCUUUACCUUUUAUGUUGUAUAACAAUGUGUCAGUCUACAAAUAGGCUCCAUUGUUUUGCUAUACCUCUGGGUAUAGGGUAUAAUAAUAAUAAUAUUAAUGUUUAGUACGUUUCAGUUAAACACUUCAUAUUCAGGAAAAAAAUGCACCAAGAGUUUGUGUAUGGGCAGCAAAUGCCAUGUCACGUGUUUCCUUUUCUUCCUGGCAAGAGAGGGAGAAAAGUGAGCAGGGGAGAAAAGAACCCUAGAAAUACAGAGAGCAGAGGAAGCAAAAAUCCCAACCUCUAUGUAAUUGCAAGAAUAACACCCCCUGCGGUAGAGAAUCUUCUCAUAUAAGCCGUGUAUUUGUGAAGUUUCCUUCUCCUACCUCCCAGCCAUAUGCUGCUCUGCUGUAUAUUUAUUUCUUGCAGUUGUAAUAUAUAGAAAACAAAGCACAAACCUGGGAGAAAGGAGAAAAGCAACAUGGGAUGAAAGUAUGUUGGCAGGGUGGCUCAUGUUCAUCUGUACGACACAGUAUCAUGUGAUUACUUGCACAUCACCAUGAACCAUCAUCAGAUAUCUAAUGCUAAAAUAGACAUAUGGCAGACACACAGCCAGUCCUUAUUUGAUAGGCCUUAGGGUAUGGCUUUGUUGCUGUUUCUAGAAUGAGGUGUGCAAUACUUAAGUUUUGGGCAUGUAAAUACUAAGGGUUUGGGUGAAAAGAGAUCUUACUAUAAAUGAAAUUGAAAGUACAUCAGAGCAGAAACCCAUUUCCUCCCCCUCCUACUGUGUUAAUCUGUAAAAUCUUGUUGCCUUGAUGCUGCUGCAUGCAUAAAUUAACAAUUAUAUUUGUGUGUGUUUUAGUAGAAUCGACCCACUGCGUAG